UGGUCAAAAAAUAUUCAGCUCGUAUCAAAACGUGGAAUUGCUUGCGAAUAAUUUCCGUUUAUUCGGAUAUCUGUAGUUUGAAAUAUAUCACGUGAUAUAUAGGAUACAAGACAAAUAAAUAAUUAAUUCAAUAGUUAUUAUCAAGACUACAAAGUGAAAAAAUGGUGAUACACGUUGACGAAGGACGCUCCAGUUCUUUGGUGUUUUUUGUUAAUGGAAAGCGAGUACAAGAUGAUCAUGUCGAUCCAGAAUGGACACUUUUACAUUACUUAAGAAGCAAUUUAAAAUUAUGUGGCACCAAACUUGGAUGUGGAGAAGGAGGAUGUGGAGCCUGCACAGUGAUGGUUUCCAAAUUAAAUCGACAGACAAAGAAAGUUAUACACUUCCCCGUAAACGCUUGCUUAGCUCCAGUAUGUUCCAUGCAUGGUUUGGCAGUAACAACAGUCGAAGGAAUAGGGUCAACAAAAACCAGACUACACCCGGUACAAGAAAGAAUCGCCAAAGCUCACGGUUCACAAUGUGGAUUUUGCACACCCGGUAUAGUCAUGUCGAUGUACACUUUACUUAGAAAUUCUCCAAGACCGUCUAUGAAAGACAUGGAUGUGGCAUUUCAAGGAAACCUCUGCAGAUGCACUGGCUACAGACCAAUAAUAGAAGGUUAUAAAACAUUUACUGAAGAAUGGGAACUAAUCCAGAAUGGCAACAAAAUAUCGGCAACAAACGGCAAUGGCGUCUGUGGAAUGGGGGAAAAAUGUUGUAAAUUACAAAAUGGUAUCAGCAAAGAAAAAGACGAAGAAGCUCUUUACCAACCCAGCGAAUUCAUUCCCUAUCAUCCAUCGCAAGAGCCCAUAUUUCCUCCUGAGCUUAAACUGUGUGAAAAAUAUGACAAACAGUACUUGAUAUUCAAGGGUGAGAAUGUAACAUGGUUUCGGCCUACAACCUUAAAUGAACUCCUCGAUCUCAAAGAUCGCUACCCAGCUGCUAAGCUUGUAGUAGGAAAUACAGAAGUAGGUAUUGAAACCAAGUUCAAGAAGAUGGUUUAUCCUGUAAUGAUUCAACCAGUGCAGAUACCGGAACUCAGUACGAUAGAACCAACGCUUAAAGGUGUCCGAAUAGGGGCAUCAGCAACGUUGGUAGAAAUCGAGCAAUAUUUAAAAAAUCAGAUUAAAGUUCAACCUGAACACAAAACCAGAAUAUUCAAAUCUAUGCUAGAGAUCAUGAAUUGGUUUGGUGGUAAACAAAUACGAAGUGUAGGAGCUUUGGGUAGCAACAUCAUGACUGGUAGUCCCAUAUCAGAUAUGAUUCCAAUUUUAUUGGCCGCCAAAGCAAAGCUAGAGCUUGUUAGCAAACAAUACGGGACUAGAAAAGUCAUUUUGGACAACAAUUUUUUUGUCGGCUAUAGAAAAAGUAUUCUUAAACCAAACGAAAUAUUAUUAUCCAUCUAUAUUCCGUACACAAAAGAAUAUCAGUAUUUUGAAGCCUUCAAGCAAGCUAGACGAAGAGAAGAUGAUAUAGCAAUAGUUAAUGAAGCAGUCAAUGUUACUUUUAAACCACAAUCUGAUCUGAUUGAGGAAAUAAAUUUUGGUAUUGGUGGAAUGUCUUUUAAAACAGUGUCGGCACCAAAAACUGAAGAAAAACUAAACGGUUUACCUUGGAAUAAAACUACUCUUGAAUUAGCCUUCAACACAUUACUACAAGAUCUGCCAUUGGAUCCUGAUGCACCUGGUGGUAUGGUUUCAUAUAGAAAAUCGCUUGCUUUAAGUCUAUUCUUCAAAGCAUUUUUAAAUAUAUCUUUGCAGCUGCAAAAGUCUCUUCCACAUAUUGAUUUAGAAAAGAGAGAAAUAAGUGGUGCUUGUGGGUUCGCUGAGUAUGAAUAUAAAAGUUCGCAAUACUUUCAAAUAGUACCAGAAACUCAAGAUAAAAUUGAUGGUCUUCAAAGACCAAUUACCCAUAUGUCUGCCUUAAAACAAGCUACCGGAGAAGCCGUAUACAAUGACGAUAUUCCUUAUAUAGAAGGAGAGUUGUACUGUGCUUUUAUUCUGAGUACCAAAGCACACGCAAAUAUUUUAAGUUUAGAUCCAUCAGAAGCAUUAGCAAUGAACGGAGUCCAUGGCUUCAUAAGCGACAAGGACGUAAAAAAACAUUUCCCCAACGUCAAAGGUCCCAUUUUCCUAGAUGAAAACAUAUUUUACUCCGAUACCGUUACGUCAGUAGGACAAAGAAUAGGUCUUAUAGUUGCUGAAUCCCAAACACUAGCACAGAAAGCUGCUAAAAAGGUUAAAGUAGUUUACGAAGAGCUAAAACCUGUUAUAAUCAGCACAGAAGAGGCUAUUAGACACAAAUCUUUUUUCCAACCUACACCAUUGAUUGAAAAAGGAGACCUUGCUGCUGUGUUCAAAACAGCUCCACAUAUACUGGAGGGAGAAUGUAAAAUGGGUGGUCAAGAACAUUUUUAUUUGGAGACCCAGUGCUGUAUAGCUGUUCCAAAAUCGGAAGAUAAUGAAAUGGAAAUAUUUUCUUCUACCCAAAAUCCUACUCAAGUUUCGAAACUAAUAAGUCAGGUGCUUGGUGUCCCCCAAAACAAAGUUAUAGCUAAAGUAAAACGUCUAGGUGGGGCUUUUGGGGGAAAGAGCCCCAAAGCAACUCUGGUUGCUGUACCCGUAGCAAUAGCAGCCAAGCUGUUUAAUAGACCUGUCAGAUGUAUGCUGAAUAGAGAUGAAGAUAUGAUCACAACUGGAGGAAGACAUCCGUACUAUUUUAAGUACAAAGUAGCUUUCAAUGAUGAUGGCAAAAUUUUGGGCUGUGUUGCGGAGCUAUAUUCGAAUGGAGGUUAUUCAAGAGAUUUAUCUGAAUCGGUAAUGGAUAGAGCAGUAACCCAUUUUGAAAACGCUUAUCACAUACCAGCUUGCAAAGUAAUCGGAAUACCGUGCAAGACAAAUCUGCCAUCCAACACAGCUUUUCGAGGAUUCGGGUGUCCUCAGGGUAUGUUUUUGGCCGAGAAUAUUGCCCAACAUAUAGCCGACUAUCUCAGAAUAGAUCCAGUGGUGGUUAGUGAACUUAAUAUGUACCAUGAAGGUGAUAUAACCUACUAUAAUCAAAAAUUGGAGAAUUGUACAUUGCGACAAUGUUGGAAAGAAUGUAUGGAGUCUUCCAAUUUUCAUAAGCGUAGAAGAAAUAUUAGGGAAUUUAAUAGAUUAAAUAAGUACAAAAAGCGAGGUAUUAGUAUCAUCCCAACAAAGUAUGGCAUUUGCUUUACAGGAACCUACUUAAACCAAGCUGGUGUUCUAGUCUUAAUUUAUACCGAUGGAUCUGUAUUAAUUUCUCACGGAGGUAUAGAAAUGGGCCAAGGUCUUCACACGAAAAUGAUUCAAGUUGCUAGCCGAGCUUUGGGAGUCCCCGUUGAGAAUAUCCAUAUUAGUGAGACAGCUACCGAUAAAGUACCGAAUACCUCUGCUACAGCAGCUAGUACUGGAUCAGAUUUGAAUGGAAUGGCCGUAGUGAAUGCCUGUGAUAAAUUAAACGAGCGAUUGAAACCUUACAAAGAGGCGAAUCCUGAAGCUUCCUGGGAGGAUUUGAUCAAAACUGCAUACUUAGAUAGGGUAAGCCUAGCUGCUACAGGUUUUUACAAAACUCCUGACCUUGGAUAUAACUUUGAAACUGGUGAAGGUCGCCUAUUUAACUACUUCACAUAUGGAGCGGCUUGUAGUGAAACAGAAAUUGAUACUCUUACUGGUGAUCAUCAAGUAUUAAGGACCGAUGUUGUGAUGGAUAUAGGUCAGAGUAUAAACCCAGCUAUUGAUAUAGGACAGAUUGAAGGAGCGUUUAUGCAGGGCUAUGGCUUGUUCGUUCUCGAAGAAAUGGUGUAUUCAUCGAAAGGAGACAUUUUCACCAGAGGUCCGGGUACCUAUAAAAUACCGAGUUUCGGGAAUAUUCCUGUAGAAUUUAAUGUUUCAUUGCUGAAAGGCGUUGGAAAUCCACGAGCAGUAUAUUCUUCCAAGGCUGUUGGAGAACCUCCCCUCUUCUUGGCGAGUUCGGUGAUGUUCGCCAUUAAAGAUGCAAUAAAAGCAGCAAGAGAAGAAAACAAUGUACCUUCUGAGUAUUUUAGAUUAGAUCCCCCAGUGACCUCAGCCAAAAUUAGGAUGGCAUGUUUAGAUGAAAUUACGUCCAAGAUUCAAGAACCAGAACCUGAAAGUUAUACACCGUGGAAUAUAGUAGCUUGACGUAAAAAAAGAAAUUAUGUUGUUUAUUUUAACAUAAUAUAUUACGUUUAUGACAUCUGCAGAAAUUGGUGUAAAAAAAAUAAAUUAGGAUAAAUUAAAUAAUUUAAUUUAAAAAAGUAAUAAUUAUUUUUAAAUUUGUAAGUACAAAUGUAAAUAUUGUGAUAAAAAUAUAUACAAUUUCUAGACAUU